UUCUUAUUUAGCAAUGUAAGAGUGGAGACUGGCAGAGUUAUCAACUAAGUAAGUUCAAAGCCCAGAACCUCUUCUCUCUCGUUGGGAGAGCUCUACUCGGCUUCAAUGGCCUCCGUACUCAACACGGUUCCCUCUCUACGUUUAUCAAACAUCACCACCCUACGACUUCGGACUCGGCCGAUUUCUGUCUCAUUCACCAGGAGGAAUUUCUCGAUUAGGGCAGCUGAUACUGAUGCGGAGAAAGGAGUUAAAUCUACUGUUCCUGAUAAGGCGCCGCUGGCUAGUAAUAAUGGUUCGAGCAUAAACCAGCUUCUUGGCAUUAAAGGAGCCUCUCAAGAAUCUAACAAAUGGAAAAUUCGACUUCAGCUUACAAAGCCUGUAACUUGGCCUCCUUUAAUUUGGGGAGUAGUUUGUGGAGCUGCUGCUUCUGGAAACUUUCACUGGACUUUAGAGGAUGUUGCCAAAUCAAUUGUUUGUAUGAUGAUGUCUGGCCCAUUUCUCACAGGAUAUACACAGACAAUUAAUGACUGGUAUGACCGAGAUAUUGAUGCAAUUAACGAACCUUAUCGUCCAAUUCCUUCAGGAGCUAUAUCUGAGAAUGAGGUUAUUACGCAAAUUUGGGUUCUGCUUUUGGGUGGUCUUGGCCUGGCCGGUUUGUUAGAUGUUUGGGCUGGGCAUAAUGUCCCUACAGUUUUUUAUCUCGCUGUAGGUGGAUCCCUGCUGUCAUAUAUAUACUCUGCUCCACCUUUAAAGCUGAAACAAAAUGGAUGGAUUGGAAAUUUUGCCUUGGGAGCUAGUUAUAUUAGUCUGCCAUGGUGGGCUGGUCAGGCUUUAUUUGGAACCCUUACACCUGAUAUAAUAGUUCUCACACUUUUGUACAGUAUAGCCGGGUUGGGUAUUGCCAUUGUCAAUGACUUCAAAAGUAUAGAAGGAGAUAGAGCAAUGGGACUUCAGUCACUCCCUGUUGCUUUUGGUUCCGAAACUGCAAAAUGGAUUUGUGUUGGUGCUAUUGACAUAACUCAGUUAUCUGUCGCUGGUUAUCUGCUUGGGGCCGGUAAGCCAUACUAUGCCUUAGCUCUCCUUGCAUUGAUACUCCCCCAAGUAUUUUUUCAGUUCAAGUACUUCCUCAAAGACCCUGUUAAGUAUGACGUCAAAUAUCAGGCCAGUGCUCAACCAUUUCUGGUGCUUGGUCUAUUGGUGACCGCUUUAGCAACCAGCCAUUGAUAUUUCUAAGAUCCUAAUUAUUUGAAUCCUGGAACGUCACAACUCACAAGUGCAAGGAAAGUCGAUUAAAAGUUGCAGAGUUCUGACAGGUCAGGUGCAAGCUAUAACAUAUGCUUUUGUUUAGUUCAAAAAAUUUUGUUCUCUUCCUUCUUUUGUUGUAUUAGAAUAAUAGAAUCCUGAUUUUAUGUACCUGUUGUAAAUUGAAUUAAACAUCAAUAUAUUUUGUUGUUUCCCA